AUGGAAGAAUCAGUGGGAACGUACGCGACGCUUCAUAGUCGACAACCUGCGUUCGUUGGAGAGCUCGUGAACGCCCGGCAAGUCAGUGCGCACUCGUGGAGACAACGAGCGUCCAUUUAUUCCAACCGACAGUACGUGUUUGGCCUGCCACACUUUCAGAACUUUGCUUCUAAACGAAAGCGAAGUCGUUAUUCAGUGUACAGGACGCAAUGUGAACCGUGGCGGCAGCCGGGUCCCGCUGAGGCACGCUGGGCCGCGCUUGCUGGAGCUUGCUCCACCCUGCGCGCUGUGCAGCGCCAGGCUGACUUGCGUGAACCUCCAUGCACCGCAACUGAGCCUAACCAAAGAGCGAACGCUUCGACCACCAACGGAGAGUGGCGUCCGCGGCUCGUUGUUGUCGGACCUCCGGGUUCCGGCAAAACGACACUAACCGAGCAGUUGCGUCAAGUGUACGGUCUUGUACGGGUCGGAUGCGGCGACCUGCUACGUGCCCACGUUUUAUACGGGACGGAUAUUGGUUUGGCUUCCAAGGCGUAUAUGGAAUCUAACGAACUGGUUCCAGAUGGAAUCGUGAUACCUCUCGUUCUCGAAAGACUUCGACAACGAGAUUGUGAGGAACACGGAUGGGUCCUAGACGGAUUCCCUCGGACUGAAGCGCAGGCGCUGGCCUUGUUUGACUUUCUGGAUAUCGUAGGUGACAGCGCUGAUGCAGAAAACUCCAGUCCUUCGAUAUCCAUGGGCGCAAGGCCCGCAGGAACCAUCAUUCUGCUCGAAGCCAGCGAUGAGUGUCUCGUGGAACGUAUCCGCCAUCGCCGCAUUGACCCCGUUACCCAUACUGUCUACAAUAUGAAGUUCAAUCCACCAGAAGAAGAGGAUAUCAUGGAAAGGCUCCUCCGUGUCCCAUCGGAUGAACCGGAAGCGUUUCGCCUACGCCUGACGCAGUACCGGGAAGCGCUGCCGGCGCUCCUGGCAUGCAUUUCCCAGCUGACACGGGCUCGGCGUGGCGAUCAAGCGAACAAUGUUGGCCUGAUUCGUCUGAAUGUAUCCGAGCCAGGUGUUCAAGAUCGUUUCCAAGAACUUGAGGAGCAACUGAAGCGAAUCUGGGGAGCCAAAAGGCGAUCCAACCAGUACGCGGAACACAUAUCCGGUUCGGUCUGGGUGCCGCAUGCCUCGACGGCACUUGCACGAGCGCGAGCGGCAGGAUUGCUGAAUACGCCCUCCACGCGUACCUUUUCGGACUGGCGUGAGGACCCGGUCGAGACCUCACUCAAUGGAGGCGCUGGUCAACGCGAUCAACUAGGAUCGGGCUUGAGUACAGCCCACGCGGACGACGAUGCCGUGGAACCGAUGCUUGAUGGCGCGUCGAUGUCAUCUGGCCAAGUGUCGGCAGCGGAGCAAGGUGCCGCGAGCAGUCCAGUUCGUCGAUCCAACGACAACGAUGCUCCAGAGUUGACGCUGCGCUCAGAUCCCGAGCGAGUAAAAGCGUCACCUCAACCAGUCGAUGCCGAAACAGCGAAUCGCUCGACGGCGAGCAAGUACGAAAAGGCGUCCAUCACUUUGAUUCGUUGCGACGGUGUUCAGUGCGUUCGCGAAGUUGUUCAUCUUGGUGAUAUCGCUUUUCAUGGGAGCGCGACCGAACAAGUAAUGCUUCGUUGGAACGAACGACCUCGAACGGUCCUCUUGCUCGUCAAAAAGGGAGCUAAUCUUUGUGAAAUAGCGAAGCAAGCGGUGGACUACUUGCAAAACAGCGAACGGCUUCGAGUGCUCGUCGAGCCCUGGGUCCAGACGGAGCUGUUCGCGCUCGGAACCUAUACCGAUUCGUUCCAUCACAGCCAGGACUUGCACCGCUGCGUCGAUCUGGUAGUUUGUCUCGGUGGUGAUGGCCUCAUUCUGUACACAUCUACCCUAUUUCGAACGGCGGUGCCUCCAGUUGCUCCGUUUAACCUUGGAUCUCUCGGCUUUCUGACACCAUUCGAAUGGAAAGACUUUCAGGGACACAUACGUACCAUGCUUUCCAGUGAUCUUAUGCUUUCGCUGCGAAUGCGCCUCUUGGCCACGGUGGUGCGCGUCUCGGGCCAAGCCGAGCAACAGUUUCAUGUUCUGAAUGAAGUUGUCGUAGACCGGGGAGCUUCGCCUUUUCUCUGCCAGCUGGAGUGUUACUGGGAUGAUGCACCGCUCGCCAGCGUCCAAGCCGAUGGGAUUAUCGUUGCGUCGCCGACCGGAUCCACAGCCUACUCCCUCGCCGCCGGUGGUGCUAUGGUGCACCCGAGUGUGCCAGCUAUCUGUGUGACGCCGGUUUGCCCGCACUCGCUGGGUCUGAGGCCGGUUGUGCUCCCAGACUCGGCUCGUAUUCGAGUCCAGGUGAGCCCCGAGGCACGCUCCCAUGCCUGGGCGAGUUUCGACGGGAAGCACCGGCUGCAGCUGCGGCGCGGGGAUUCGCUGCUUGUCGAAAUGAGCAAGUACCCAAUGCCGACUGUGAACGCUACUGAUCAUGCUGCCGACUGGUUUGGUUCUCUGAAUCGUGGGUUCGGUUUUAACGUGCGCGGAGCGAAACCGAAACCUCGUGUGAUGGGGCGCUCCUCCACAGCGGAGCAAGCGAGUGUUGAUCGCUUUGCGGACGGCACCGAAUCAUGA